AUGUCAACCAUGCUGCGGCUAAUGAAAAGGGUGUCGGAGCGUAUAGACUCCCUUGGUGUGGAAACAACAGGGAUUGAUAGAAUAUCGCCUUAUCAUCGAGGAACUAGGCGGAAGCAAUUUUUACAUGUUUCAGGCUUGUGGCUAAGUGCUACAGGUGGGCUAUCAUCAAUGUCAUCUUUUCUUUUGGGUCCACUUGUUUACAGUCUUACAUUCAAACAAAGUCUCGUGAGCGGUAUCAUUUCCAUGUUCAUCGGAUGUCUUGUUGCUGCAUAUUGCUCAAUAAUGGGUCCGCAAUCUGGGUGCAGACAGAUGGUUACCGCAAGGUAUUUAUUCGGUUGGUGGUUUGUUAAGUUUGUUGCAUUGGCAGCUAUUAUUGGCGUUAUGGGAUGGUCUGUAGUCAACUCCGUGGUCGGAGGAGAAAUGUUAGCGGCAAUUUCUGACGAUAAAGUUCCAGUUUCUAUUGGUAUCAUUAUUGUUAGUUGGACCUCAUUUAUUGUGGCAGUCUUUGGUAUCAAGCACGUAUUAAAAGUGGAAACUUACUUCUCACUUCCUGUUCUUCUUUGUUUCAUGCUAUUGUACAUCUCUUCUAGUGACAAAUUUUAUUUGCUGAAUAAAUUUACAAAUAAUGACAUUGCAUCAAAAACUAUAGAAGGUAAUUGGUUAAGUUUCUUUUCACUAUGUUAUAGUAUUACCGCCACAUGGGGGUCAAUCACUGCCGAUUAUUAUAUCCUAUUUCCAGAAGAUACACCCAAAUAUGAAGUUUUCCUACUAACAUUUUUUGGUACAUUUUUACCAACAACAUUUGUGGGUAUAUUGGGAUUGUCAUUGGCUGCUGUGGCCAUGUCUAAUGACACAUGGUACGAUCAGUACGAUAGACAUGGGAUGGGUGGUCUACUUUGGGCUGGAUUUCAAAGGUGGAAUGGGUUUGGUAAAUUUUGUGUGGUGGUGUUAUUACUGAGUUUAAUUUCUAAUAAUAUUAUUAACACAUAUUCAGCCGCCUUUUCUAUACAAUUAUCAAGCUUACAUUGUGCUAGAAUACCGCGUUGGUUCUGGUCAGUGGCUGUCACAGUUAUCUAUUUCAUUUGUGCAAUCGUUGGUCGUAAUCAUUUCAGUACAAUUUUGGGAAAUUUCCUACCAAUGAUUGGUUAUUGGAUUAGUAUGUACUUCAUACUAUUAUUUGAAGAAAAUGUGAUAUUCAGAAGACACUUCCUACAUUUAUAUACUAAAGAGUUUCCCCUGAUAGACAAUGACAAACAUGUCACCACCGUGGUGAGGACUCAUCAUCACAACGAUAAGAAAUCCGAUGUUGUGGAACAAGAGAUUACAAACAUACAUUUUUUGAAAAGAAAACAUUUGAAAUACAAACACAGAUACAAUUGGGACAAAUGGGAUGAUUAUGAAGUGUUAACUCAUGGAUAUGCUGCCACUGUCUCAUUUUUAAUUGGGAUAGUUGGUGUAGUUGUAGGUAUGGCACAGGUAUAUUGGAUCGGCCCAGUAGCACGCAAGAUUGGAGAGUACGGUGGUGACAUUGCCAUGUGGCUCUGCAUGGGCAUAUGUGGUGUUGUGUAUCCACCAUUAAGAUACAUCGAACUGAAGAGAUUUGGCAGGUAG